AUAAAUAUUUUUGAAUAUAUAUUGUUUCAAAGUCAUUGAUAUUUUGAUUAUUAAAAUAAGUGGUACGAUUGCACUCAUUGACCCCAAAAAAUCCAUGUGGAAAAUAUUCGCAAACUUGCACAAUUUAAUAGAAUACGCUUCAUUGUGAAUGGAAAAUUUCUACUCAAUAUUAGAGUGUAAGCAAGAAGACCCCUUAGAAGUGUUAAAAACAAACUACCAGCAACUUGUUCUGAAGUAUCACCCUGAUAAAUAUUCAUCAGACCUCACUGACUCUGAGAGAAAUGAGAAACUGAAUAUUUAUAUCGCAAUAGACAAAGCUUGGAAAGUGUUAAGUGAUCCAGAGAAAAGAAGUGAAUUUGACGCUAAAUGGACUGAACGAAAUUUGGCCCAAGAGUUUCCUAUUCAUGACACUUUGACACUCGACGAUUUUGAAGAACAAGAGGAUUUUCUUGUUUAUCCCUGUCGCUGUGGUGGAGAUUACAUUCUCACUGAAACUGACAUUGAAUUUCAAGUUGAUGUUGUAUGUUGCGAGUCCUGUACAUUAGCAGUAAAAGUUCUAUACACAAAUAAAGACUAG